UUUCCUGCCCCUAGUAGCUGGGCAUUUAUAUGAAGAGAAACUUUACCUGAGCUUUUUCAUCAACACCAAGCUAAAUUCUCCCUCUCUACACCUCCACUAUUUCCUAGAUAUAAUGUCCGCCGCAUCCAGCUCGGCAGCGAAAUCAAAGUCUGCCUUCAAACCCUCCGAGGAACCACACUGCUUCACCGACACCUCCGGCAUCAUCACCACGACCAUGAUUGAUUUACCUGGAUUCCGUGUAGUUAGGGUUCUCGGCACCGUUUACGGUCUCUCUGUCCGCUCACGCAACAUCGGCGCCGCUGUUACCAGCGUAUUGAAGUCGACUGUUGGCGGGGAAUUAAAGUACCUGACUAAUUUGCUCUAUACUGCCCGAGACCAUGCUGUUGAGAGGAUGGUUGGGGAAUGCAUUACUCGCGGGGGAAAUGCCAUCAUUGCGACGAAGUUCGACACGAGCCAGAUCAUGGGGGAUUUUGCGCAGGUCUGUGCGUAUGGAACAGCUUGUGUGGUGGAGAAGAUUGAAACAAAGGAAGAUAAGAUGUGACGAGAAGCUGAGAUGGAUCCCUUUGGAAGGCGGCUUUCUUUUAACGUUGUCUCAUUAUAGUACCUUUAAAUUUUGGUGAGUGUAUGCAAGUUGUAACCUCAACCCAAUGCUCAUCCAUAUAAUCUGGC